AUGGUGGGUUUUCUUUAUGAAAUCGAUCGUGUCCAUUUACCUCCGAGGACACCUGUUCAUCUCAUCCCUAUCCGUGUUGCCAUGGUUUGUGAGAAAACCGAUUUGAACAUUUUUCAGCUACAGCACAAGGGAAACUCGUCCAGCUUUGUAAUGGAAACUGCACUAGCUGCAAAGGUGCUUCAUCGGAAGGUCCCAGCUGAGGAAUAUUCAUAUCAGAAGCAUUUAGAGAGCUUUUGGGCAAUAAAUUCUUCUGCUGUGAACUCUUUGAAAAAUGAUUCCAGUUUUACAAAGAACGUAGGUCCUUGUUCAUCUGAUUUAGUGUGUAAAUUGUGA